UAACGAACUAUUAGUUGAUAUACUGAUAUACUGAACUAUUCAUGAAUAACAUCAACGAAUUUUGUACCGGUUAACAAGUGACUAGUAUUAUGGCCUGACGUGCAAUGUACUGUUUGGAGGGACGUCUAUGUCAUCAUUAUGUGAGAAAAGGGAUAUUCAGUCUUCAAAGUUAACUCGUGUGGUGAAACUAACAUGGAUAUUAUAUUCCGGGUAACUUGUAUACUUUGUUACUUCUCAUACUAUGGUGAGGGAUCGACUACGUACCUCACAUCAAAUAGCUCCAGGCAAUACAUCACAUCACCAAACUAUCCACAAAGUUAUGGGAAUUUGCAGUCCAUGAAUUGGGUGAUAUCCGCCGACAGUUCAACAUAUAACCCAGCUGUGUACAUCCAAGUGGUGGACAGUGAACUCCAGCCAUCUCUAGCCUGCUACAAUGACGUCGUCGCAAUUUACGACGGUGACAGCACUUUUUACCCAGAGAUAGUGUCCUGGUGUGGAUCAAACUACCCCUUGUCCACCACUCACUCGCAUUACAACACCAUCAUGAUCAGUUUCCGAUCAGAUAAAUCAGACAACAGCUACAGGGGAUUUCGGAUAGCAUAUUGGACCCAAACUACAGCCAAGGUGACGUAUGUGACAAAACCUUUGACCAGUCGGAACUAUGCACUGUUGGGAUUCGCUGGAACCAUCAUUUCCGUGAUACUGAUCGGUCUUGGAUUCAUUAUAUAUGCCAGAAAUCGGGACAAAAUAUCCAGUUUAUUUGCUGGUGAAGAUGCUUAAAAAUAGAUAUACAUAUUUACUACUGUGAAAUACAACAUUGAUCAUGCAAUACACUUAACAUUUUAACAAGUUAUGAUGUUUGAACAUUUGUUAUUGAUAGAAUUCAUUUAUCUAUCCGCAGUUCUUUCUGUGGAUUUAUAAAAAAUUACACAAGA